AUGCUGUCUCAGACGAUCACGCCGACUUCUGACACGAAGUCGAAGGUGAUCACGACCUUCGCCGAUCGUCCCACGUUCUCAUGUGCUCGGUGCGCAGCGGUCAUCGCACUACAAGACGAGAUCAUUAGCAAAGCGUUCUCGGCCGAGACGUACCCGAAAAGCUUGGUGCAUUCCACCGUGAACUUGAAGAUGGGCAAGCGAGAAGACCGUCCUCUCAUGACUGGCGUGCAUACCGUCGCCGAUGUGUUCUGCAUGGGCUGCAACGACCGGAUGGGCUGGUACUACCACAAGGCGUCUGACCAUACGCAGAAGUAUAAAGAAGGGAAAUACCUCUUGGAACGCGAGAAACUCGUGAAGGAGAACAAGUGGACUCUUGACGAUCCAGCACCAUGA